GACUGUAUUUGAGAGUUCUUAAAUAACCAAUUACUCUUUUUCAAAAAAUUAAAAAAAAUAAAUAACCAAUUACUCAAAUUGAGACAAAAUUAGAGAACAUUUUAAUAGGAGUUCAAUAUUACAAGAGACAACUCACUGUAAGACAAAAUUUGAUUCUAUGAAGGCUAUGUUAAAUAAAAUUCAUAAGGAGAGCAACAAAAGAAAACACAUUAUCUCUUUCUCUGCCCUGAAAACUUACAUCAGAUACACAUGGAAAACAUCGAGCACAAGCAAGUGGAAGUGAAAGGACUAAAGCUUCAUGUAGCCGAAAUUGGAAGUGGUCCAAAAGUGGUGGUGUUCUUGCAUGGGUUCCCAGAAAUAUGGUACACUUGGAGGUACCAAAUGAUAGCAGUGGCCAACAAAGGCUACCGUGCCAUAGCCUUCGAUUUCAGAGGCUAUGGACUCUCAGAUCAACCACUAGAGCCUGAGAAAGCAACUUUCCAAGAUCUUAUAGAUGAUGUCAUUGGCCUUUUGGAUUCCCUUGCCAUCAACAAGGCUUUUUUAGUGGGAAAAGAUUUUGGAGCUAUUCCAGCGUACUUAGUGGCCGCAAUUCACCCAGAAAGGGUAUCUGGAGUUGUAACACUAGGUAUUCCUUACAUUCUUCCAGGUCCCAAUUCUAUCCAAAACCAUCUCCUUCCUGAGGGAUUCUAUAUCACAAGAUGGCAGGAACUGGGGCGAGCAGAAGCAGAUUUUGGGCGGUUUGAUGUGAAGUCUGUGAUUAGAAACAUCUACACCCUCUUCUCAAGAAGUGAGGUCCCAGUAGCUAAUGAAAACCAAGAAAUCAUGGACUUGUUUGAUCCAUCUACUCCUCUACCAUCUUGGUUCUCUGAGGAAGACCUCUCAGCCUAUGCUUCCCUCUAUGAGAAGUCUGGCUUUCGUUAUGCUUUGCAGGUUCCAUACAGGACUUUGUCAGUGGAUAUUGGUAUAAGUGAUCCGAAAGUGAAUGCACCGGCGUUACUAAUCAUGGGUGAGAAGGACUAUUGCUUGAAAUUUCCAGGAAUGGAAGACUACAUAAGGAGUGGGACAGUGAAGCAACUUGUGCCUGAUUUGGAUAUCAUUUUCGCGGAAGAAGGUUGCCAUUUUGUGCAUGAACAACUACCAGAGAUGGCUAAUCAACUCAUCAUAACUUUCCUUGAUAAACAUAGUACUAAUCUCUAAUUAAAGAUGCUUUCUAUGUGGUACCAAAAUAAUAAUAAAAUAAAACCUUUGCCUUUUUACUA